ACUAAUGGUCACUUCCGUUCGAACACGUUCACGUGUCGCACGAAUCUGCGAACAUUCACGGAGUGCAAUGUGCCGAUCCAGACGAAAUCGAAUAUACCUACACGGCUCAGUUGGCGGAGUAAUCAUGUCGCGUGAGGUGAUACCGCGGGUGCACGUCUAUUCAUUAGCCCUGUUUCUUUCUACAUUCUGCAAAGCAAGCUCCAUCUCCUCGGUGUUGCCGGCCGAUUGUUUGGAGUACGAUAUUGCCGAGCUCGAGGGCUAUCUGUCCGAGUUCCACCUCGAGAACGUGCCGACAAUCAAUAUGAUGAUUGGUGGGUUUGAAUGUCCGCCGACUGCGUUACCCUUUGGUGCCCUGAAGUCCGACUGGGCAAGACUGUUGCUGCUGCAAAAGGCUCUGCCAGACAAGUCAGUCUUACGAGAAAAAUUGGGUCGUCUUUUCAGGAUUUUGACCAUCGCCUAUUUUCAAAUCGAGGAGCAUUUCGACGUUACGAAAUCUAUCCCUACGACAUUCAGCAGUCUGAACGCUUCGUCUACACAAGAAAGCACCAUCAGCACUAACUCGAAGGAAGAAACUAAGAAGAACCUGGUAACCGACUCAAGAGAAACAAAUGAAAUCUCUGAAAGUUUGGUUUCAACCACCGUCUUCGGCAGCGAAGAAUCCUUCGACGGGAGUGGAAACGAACGAACUACCAUUACGAGUUGGGAUGUAACGGGAAAUAGUAGUGAACGUAACAAUUCUGGCGGACUGGGUAACAAUGCUCUUUCAACUGACGUUGCGUUUUCACCUGUCGGCGUAGAGACAACGUCGACGAUCCGUUUGACGAGCGAAGAAGUCGUAGGAGAUAAGAAGAAUUUGAUAGAUUCGGUAUUAAAUCGGAACGACUCGGUCGACGUAACCGGAUCCAUGGAUUCAAUUAAACCAGUGACAUUUCCGGUAUCGGAAUCCAACCAAGUAAUUACACCUUUAACGAGUAAUGUUUCAAUAUUAUCUGUUGAAUACAAAUCAACAACGAAGAAUGUUGAGAAACAAGAAGAAGGAAUAACGGAAUCAGAUUUUGUGGGUAAUACACAAACGACAGUUUUCGAGGUUGUCGAAGAUGGUUUCAAGGCUGUGAGGGGUAGAGGUGAUUCCCCUGUAUUUUACACUCUCGUGAAUUUCGAGGAUCAAGAGAACACGAUUGGCAAAAAAGGGGGAUCCAGGUUCACCACGGAACUUAGUAGUAGCCCUGAGAUAUUCGAUGUAAAACAUACGACCAAACAAAAUUACAUUCAUACAGAUAGAUUUUCUGGGAACGAUGACACUAGCUCGACCAAGAGUUUUCCUCGAAAGCAAUCCGGC